CAAAUUUCGCGAUUUGUCGAGGACAAGCACAGUCACAAUGGGUAAGAAUCUUCUCCAUAACCAGUUCACAAUUUCGAGAAUGCGCGUUGUCGGGGAGGACUUGGGAGCCGUCGACUUUCGUUACAAAAUCAACAACCGACCGCCAUCUUCGGAGAUGAAAUCUCGAAAUCAGACACUCGAUUGGAUCUCGAUAGCACAUUGCUUCGGAGAGGCAGGGCUGGGCUCGACAUCGAUCAUACGACAUUCAUGAAGAGCAAGGAACAUGACUCUGGAUGACCUGUUGAAGCCGAGACGAAAAAAAGUUUUCGACGACAAUAAACAAUUUGGCACGAGACUACCGACAACGCGCAUUCGACGGAACUCAUCCAUCAAAACUUUCUAUCACCUUGGAUACUAACAGAAUGCCACCAGGUCGCCUUCAAGAGUACGAGGUCAUCGGGCGCCACCUGCCCACCGAGGCCAACCCUACCCCGGCCAUGUACCGGAUGACCAUCUUCGCCCCUAACGAGACUGUCGCCAAGUCCCGUUACUGGUACUUCUUGCGUGGUCUCAAGAAGGUCAAGAAGGCCACCGGUGAGAUCGUCAGCAUCAAGGCGAUCCACGAGAAGCACCCCGAGAAGGUCAAGAACUUCGGCAUCUGGCUGCGAUACGACUCUCGCUCCGGCACUCACAACAUGUACAAGGAGUACAGAGAGCUGACCAGGACCGAUGCUGUCGAGUCCCUGUACUCCGACAUGGCCGCCCGCCACCGUGCUCGUUUCAGGUCCAUCCACAUCCUCCGUGUUGUUGAGAUCGAGAAGACUGCCGACAUCAAGCGCCCCUACAUCAAGCAGCUGGUUACCAAGAACCUCAAGUUCCCUCUCCCCCACCGCAUCACCAAGACCAGCACCCAGAAGCUGUUCAGCGCGAAGCGACCAUCCACUUUCGCUUAAGAAUGUUAUUGGUUUUGAGGACGGUUGGGCUAGGUUCUGCGGGUGUUUACAACGGAUCAUGGAAAUAUCACUGCAUUUGCUCGUUUAAGAAGAGCAUUGAAUGAACCAAAAAUUCAGAACACGGUGUAGAUUUAUGACGCAAGAAAAGUGAAUCACGAAAGAUGUGAAUCGGUGUCAAUCCUUGAGCCAGUCAUUGUCAU